AUGAUCUGGCAUGUCCAAAAUGAAAACUUCAUUCUCGAUUCUAUGAGAAUUUUUAUGAAAGUGUUUCAUUUGCUUUUGUUCAAUGGAAGCUUUAUUUUCCCAAAAUGUAUCAUAAUUUUUGGCCUAAUUCUUCUUCUUACAAUCGAUUUAACCUCUAAUCAAAAAGAUGCACAUUGGUUAUAUUUCAUCUCUUCCACAAUUUUAGUGAUGAGCAUAACCGCCUUAUUGUUCUGAUGGAGAGAAGAACCGAUGAUUAGCUUUUCGGGAAAUUUCCAAACAAACAAUUUUGACAAAAUCUUUCAAUUCCUUAUCUUACUAUGUUCAACUUUAUGUAUUCCUCUAUCUGUAGAGUACAUUGAAUGUACAAAAAUGGCUAUAACAGAGUUUUUGUUUUUUGUAUUAACAGCUACUUUUGGAGAAAUGUUUUUAUGUGGAGCUAACGAUUUAAUAACUAUCUUUGUAGCUCCAGAAUGUUUUAGUUUUUGCUAUUACCUAUUAUUUGGAUAUACCAAGAGAGAUGUACACUCUAAUGGGGCUAUUACGAAAUGUUUGUUCAUGGGUAGGGCCUGCUCUUCUAUUCUGGUUUAUGGUUUCUCUUGGCUAUAUGGUUCAUCCGGGGCAGAGAUCAAGCUUCAAGAAAUAGUGAAGUAUAAUUCUCCAAGAAUUUCGAUUGUGCAUAUAUCCAUCAAUAUAGGAAUUGGGUUCAAACUCUCCCCACCCCCUUUUCAUCAAUGAACUCAUGGAGUAUACGAAGGAGUGCCCACUUCAGUAGUUGCUUUUCUUUUUGUUACUUUGAAAGCAGUUGCUUCAGCUUCAGCCACUCGAAUUUCCUAUAUUUCUUUCUAUUUCUAAUCGAAUGAAUGGCAUCUUCUUCUAGAAAUCCUAGUUAUUCUUAGCAUGAUAUUGGGAAACUCAUUGUUAUUCUCAAACAACAUGAAAUGUAUGCUUGCAUAUUCGUCCAUAGGUCAAAUCGGAUAUGUAAUUAUUGAAAUAAUUGUUGGAGACUCAAAUGAUGGAUAUCCAAGCAUGAUAACUUAGUUGUGCUAUAUCUCCAUGAAUCUAGGAACUUUUCCUUGCAUUGUAUUAUUUGCUACUGAAACUGAUAACAUUUGGGAUUGUGUAAGAUUAUACACGAAAGAUCCUUUUUUUGCUCUUUCUUCAGCCCUAUGUCUCCUAUCCCUAGGGGAUAUUCCUCCAUUAGCAGGUUUUUUUUUUUUUUGAAAACUCUAUUUAUUUAGGUUUGAAUGGCAGGUCUGCCUAUAUUUCUUGGUUUCAAUAGGACUCCUUACGAGCAUUGUUUCUAUCUACAAUCAUCUAAAAAUAAUCAAGUUAUUAAUGGCUGGACGAAAUGAAGAAUUAACUCCAUACGUGCAAAAUUAUAGAAGAUCUCCUUUAAGGUCAAACAAUUCCAUAGAAUUGAGUAUGAUUAUAUGUGUAGUAGCAUCUACUAUACCAGAGAUAUCAAUGAACCCACUUAUUGUAAUUGUUGAGGACACCCUCUUUUAG